AUAAAUGCUCUGAAUCUUGACCUGUAUGGCUGUAUGUCCUUGUAUUCCAUUAUAUGUCAUACCGUUUAUUGUGCGUAGUUAUUAGUAGAAUUUGUGAUUUCUGUUUUAAAUUUGCAUCAUCUCAUUCAUUUCCUUUAAAAAGGAAUGUCGGUCACAAAACGGAUGCUGACGGUCCGAGCGGCCACUGCGAAUACGUAAUAAGUGGCCCAUUGAUGGGGCUGCUGACGACGUUUUCCGAUCUUCCAUAUCAGUUGCGCGUUGCACAUCAUCUCGACCGUCGCUUGUAUAUGCGCAUGUACACACGCCAUGGAAUCGCACGCUACAUUACACAAGUGCACACUUCAAGUCACUAGUUUCAGUACUCUCACCUGAAUCAUCUGCGAUGAAGAGCAGCAUCCAAACCACGACGAAGAGGACGUCGCUGCUGCUGGAUCCCAGCUCUGCCUAAAAAUACACCUACACCUUAUACGCUGCAAUAAUGGAGCCCGCUGGCGCUUAUCGCGAGCACAUUGUCGUGUUUUCCUCCGCUCAUUAACAUUAGCUGCUGACUAAGAACUAGCACUUGCCACUUUAGCUCCUACUAUACAGUGUCGUAGUAUAGCGGCGGUUAUCGCAGCUGAUAUACGGCCUUACUGAUUCUCGAGUAGCAAUCGACAUAAACAACGUCACCGCGACAAUCAAGGCACACGGCCGCAUUUCUAUCGCAGACACUCGAGACAACUCGGUGGAAAAGUUAAAAUUCGCGAUUCUUCGCAUGCAUGUGGAUAUACUUGGUUGGAUUGCGGAGAUUCCGAAGGUAUACUGUGAACAGUGAGUGCAGGAAAAAUGAGCUGGCUGCGGAGCAGUCCGCUCAGGAGCAGCUUCACCAAGCAGCGCUCCAGGGACUCGCCGCCCAAGGAUGCGGAUCCUGUCGCGUGCUACGAUAGCUUCCGCAAACAUUGGCAGCAGAGUCAUGAUAUCAUCUGUCAUUCGAUGCCACCAAAAGGCAUACCUAGUCACGAUGACGUUCUGGGUGUAGUAAAUCAUGUGGAUCAAAUGAUAACGCUGCUGCUUUUGGAGCUAAGAGAUUUUUCUCUACAGACUCGACAUCAGAUCCAACGUUUACAGCAGCAAAACAUGAUAUCAGCAGCACAGCUCAAUACAAACUGCUCUCCUUGCCUUGAGCACUUAUUAAGUGAGAAUCUUCUUGAUAAGCUGUACGACUGGAGCACUCACACUGGAAGAUUUGGCGAUGCCGUCCGAUUAGAGCAAUUAAAACUGUAUGAAUUGUUGAUAUCCCAUGAUAGCUCUCUUCUAGCCAAUGAACCUGUGACUAGACCUUUGCUGCGAUUGUUAGAUGAUUGUGCUGGUGAUAUAAUGCCAGUUGAGGUGCAAAAGAAGUUGGUUGUAUUGUUGAACCAUGUAUGUGUAGCUCUUGUUCAAAAUAAUGAAUUACUACGAUUGUUCUUCCGUCCUACAGCUACAGGGAAAAACCGUUUUAUCAUAUUUUCAUUGUUAGUUCCUUAUAUACAUCGAGAGGGUGGUGUUGGUCAACAAGCCAGAGAUGCAAUGUUAUUGUGUAUGUCGCUAUCAAAAAAGAACGACGAAAUCGGAAAUUAUAUUGCAGACGAAUCGCACAUUUGUUCAGUAUUGGCAACAGGUCUUAGCGGUUUGUAUUCUCUACUUCCAAGAACGCUUGACAUCGAGAGCGAGGACUGGCACAGAUUAACGGUAGACGACAUUAACGAUCUCCCGGCUCUGACGCAGCUAAUGAACUCGUUAGAAUUCUGCAAUGCAGUCGCUCAAGUCGUUCACCCUUUGGUGCAGAAGCAGCUUCUGGAGUUUCUUUAUCGCGGCUUCCUGGUACCCGUUAUCGGACCAGCACUUUUACAGGAAUCUAUUGACUUGUCCUUGGAAGAACUUGACUCGCCGAUGUACUGGACGUCCGUAGACGAGCUGGUCGCAGCCACAGCAUACUUUGACCUCUUUCUGCGAUCAGUCAACGAACCAGGACUGCUGCAGUCGUUAGUGAGAUUUUUGCUAGAAGAAAAUUACGACGACCACCGGAUUCUCGAUCAUCUUAUCCGAAGAAUAUCCUCUCAGUGCUCCAGGUUGAGCAUAGUUACACUAGCUUUGUUUGAAACGCUCGUUGACCUGAACUGCGAGGAUGUGAUGUUGGAACUGUGCUUGGGAGCAUUGGCGCCCUGUUCUCACGUCAUGUUGUCCCAGCGUCGCAGACUGCUCAGGGAUCUCGAUCCUUUUGGUCGUUGUGCUGAAAAAUUUUUAUCGCUCGCACCCAACUGCUGUGCAGCCGUUUCUCCGUCCAUCCUCAUGGCUGCUGCCGCUCUGACCGCGGCUUCGCCUAGUGCUUCACCGAACCCACUGAGGCAAGCGUUGUUGCCAAAUGCUGCUUCCAUCGCUGCUAUCUCUCCGUCCCAGCAACAAACGACCAUUUAUAAAAAUUCGAAACUUCCGGCAACAGUAGCGGCUGAAAGUUUGUACAGCAAUUAUUAUGCUUAUCUACGAGACGCCAGGCAAAAAAUAGCAGCUUGUCAACUCGCUUGCGCUAAUUGGUCCAGACGAUACGAGGAUGAAGAAGAGGAAGAAGACUAUGUAGACGAUGAUCUCGGAGAUGCUGACGAUACCGACAACGAGAACGUUAAUUACGAUGAUGAGUACUAUGAGGAUGACAAUGUCAGCUUUGGUAGCAGUGCGCAUAAUAGUCCUGACAAAGAGAGGCCGCGCUUGAGUAGGCUAGUCAGUAAUGAUGAAACUGUUGAGAGAAAAAACAGUGUAGAUGAGAAGGUCGAUAGAAUCCUGGCAAGCUUUGCGAAUAAACCCGUCACGAUAACAGAUAAGGGAUCUGAAGGCGAUUCAUCGGGAAUAACUAGCAAACUCACUCCCGCAGAAAAAGAAAAACUCGAUGCUGACAUUGCUGAACUUCUUAGUGAAACAGUAGAUAAUCUCAGGAGUAGCGAAACCGAUCUAGAAACUCUGACCGCACGGAGCAGCUCGGCGGAUGCCAAAUCACCCGUUAGUACUGUAGAGGAGUCAAAUGCAACGCUUAAUUCGCUGCAGCUUUCGCUGAGUGGUGGCGAGAGCAGUGGUUACGAGAGUUUUGCCCUUAAGGGUUCGAGUGAAUCAACGCCCGUCAACGAGGACUAUGACGAUUGUUCGAGUGCAUCGAAAACUAGUCCUGUUCAGAUAUCUACAGCUCCUGCUGCUAUUUCUGCUUCCCCAACGAGCGAGUCACAGCAGACUAGCAGUAAUCAACAGUUGCAAGGAACGUCAAGUCAAGCCUCGUCGUCGAAGCAUCGGCGAUCUCAAACGCAGCAGAGACGACGACGAUUGCAGAGAAAAAAUGCUGUUUCGAAGGAUUCGAAGCGUUCGGAUGCUGAUGGAAAACCUAGUGUUGGAAUAUUCCUAGAUGUGCUAUUAAAAAAACUCGAGUGCAUGAUGGAUAAUAAUGUCUACGUUAACUUGCAUUUAACUGGCCUUAUCAGUCGUCUUGCCAUCUACCCCCAGCCACUCUUGCAAUCAUUUUUACUAAAUCACUCGUUAGUCUUCCAACCUAGCAUCAGAUCUCUAUUUCAAGUUUUGGCAUCCUUAAAGCAUAAAAUCGAUGGAUUUCUCGUGAAACAGCAAGAGGAAGCUACUAACAUUUUGGUAGAACAAGCAAGAAUAUUUUUAAUUUCUCGAGAAAAUAGGCUAGUGAAUGCCCGAAAAAAUGUCCUUGAAGCCGCCGCACAAUUUCCUAGUCCAAAAAAGUCCAAUUACGUCGGUGGAGAGUUAGUCAGCACGAGUUCAACAUCAAUGACGUCUAUGCCGACUAGAGUUUUAGAGUCAAAAAGAAGGAGUUUAACAUCCUCAUUAACGCAAAUGUUUAAAAAAACAGCCAAUAGUUUAGAGUCGCAUAUUAUGCCAAUGGAUUCGUUUAAUAACAAUGACUCAUUUCCGUAUAUUGCAGAAGAAGAACCUAAGAAUGGAAAACACAAGAUUGAUCCUAGUUCGUGGGAAGUGGUAAAUAAAACCAACCGCAUGCAAACUUUCGUAAUUUGUGCCGUCAUUCUAGAUGAAUGGCUCAAAGAACUUGCGGCUAUAACUCAGGAACAUACAAUUGUUAGCUGGUUCAACGCUGCCGCUGCUUCCGACAGUCCAAAUCUUUAUUCGUGAAUUUUUAAUCCACAAAAUUACAUCUGUGACCCGAGAAAAAAGUCAAUGAAACUUAGUCCAUAUAACUAAGUAAAACUGAAACUUUAUUAAUCCUUUCUUUGCUCAAUUUAAUUGCUGCAUAAUAUCAUCUAGACAUCAGAGAUUUGCAAUAAUUAAAAUUUUAUUUUUUCAAUGACUAUUAUUAAGUAGAGUACCUUGUGUUAUGUAAUUGAAAAAUUGUUUUCUAUUUAAAUUGAUUUUAUUAUGAUAGACAAGUUAGUAAUUAAUGUACAUAAUUAUGUACAGUUAGAAAUAAAGGGUUAUAAUGAUUGCCAAUCUUAGACAUGCAAAGUAGAUCUCUGUAAGAUUUAGCUAUAAGCAUAAUUAUGACCUACUUAAGUACAUGCGUAAUGCAUACUAAAUGCAGUUCUGACGACAACAGACUGCGUCUCGCGACGCAUAGUUAAUAACCAUUGUGAAUCGAAUAAUCAGUAAUUUAUUCAUCCCAGUUAUCCGUUUUCUGGUUUACUAAUUAUUACAAUGCUUAUUAAGUAAUGAGCAACGAUUUACGUGCCAAACAGCCAACAUUUUACAACAGACUUUAAAUCAUUUUCAUAAGAAAUAUUUUCACGACUUUCGGCAUAAUUUUCUUCAUAUGCUAAACAUGAACGAGUAUUUCUUACCAAUAGCCCACUCGCGUAGAUAAUGUAUUAGGCUAUACAGGAUUGUAAAGAAAAAAUUUGUAUUAACUGAGACUGAAUUGUAAGUACGGCGAUAUUUUCACGUUAUACUUAAAGGAAAAAAUCAAAUUAGGUUGUCUACAGUAUUUGAACAAAUUAACCAGCGUGAUUUUUUAUCAAAUUUAUAAAGGAUUUCCAUUAUAUUGAGCUGAACAAUUUACUUUGAAUCAAGUUAAAUCUUUUAUAAAAUAUUGGUAUUUUAAUUCGAACCCAUGUAAGUCAAACAAUAAAAUAGCACUGCCAAUUGCCAAAAUUUUAUACAAAUCAGAAAUAAAAAUCAAAUCCGUAAAGUUGGAAUGAUGUUGAAUUUUGGUUAUAUGAUGAUUUGAUUUUAAAAAGAUUCUAAUAUUUGAAUAUGCUUUUGUCAGUGUUGACCAGGUGAACAUGAUAUAAAGAAAUAAUACAACAAUACCGAAAAAAGCUUGCAGAUUUUGUAAUAGUUUAAUUACAUUUAUAAUGACAAGUAAAGUGAUCAAAAAAUAUUUAUGUAAAUAUAAGAGCCUAUUAUUGUAAAUAAUGAAAAUAAAUAUUACUAUCAAU